AUGUCAUUAAAAACUACGUUAGUUUUAUUAUGUGCCAGUAUUUUAAUUAGUUGUGUUGUUGCAAAAACGAAACAUGAAUCUGCGAAACCGCCAACCGAUCAAGGUAAUGAUGAGAUAGAAAACACAGCAAGAGAACGUACUCAAAAUGGCUACGCCUCCCAAGGAACAAAUCAAAAUGUAGAUGGCUACAAUCAAGGCGUACAGAAUGGUUACGACGGCUAUGGACAGCAAAACAGGAACCCCGGUUACAUAUCUGGUCAAGUCAGACCAGGUGAAACAGUCUCUAUUGGCAAUGGCCGUGGCCAUACCAACGUCGUCGCUAUAAACUCCGCUGGUGACACAGACUACUACGUCGGUUACACUGAUGGAGGAGUUAACACCAAUACUGGAUACAAUCAAGGAUACCCCACCAAAAAAGGUCAAAGUGGAAUCAUUGUUAACAAAAGACCUGAUGGUCAAGACGAUGUCCUCUUGUGGAAUGCCAAUAGCAACAAGCAGAGUUCAAUAGCAGUUAAUAAAGAUGGAACUCAGUUAUAUUCAGGUAAUGCUUACGAUACCUCUUACCAAACCUACAACCAGCAAUCCAAUACACCAAAAUAUCAACAAGGUUAUGGUAAGGCAGGUAGAAAUACUUACCAAUCAUCAUCAUCAUCAAUAUAUAGCCAACAAGACCAAGUCUAUUUAAAUUCACAGAGAUACAAAUAA